AUGUUUACCAGCAGCAAGUUCAGUUCCCUGUGCCUCGCCGUCGUGGCGCUUUCAAGUGGCGCGUACGCUGAGAAGGAGGCUACUCAGACGUUUGGAUUGCUUGGUGGGGGUCUUCACGGCGGGGGUAUGCUUGGUGGUUCUAGAAUGUAUGGAGCUGGUGUAGGCGUUGGGCUGUAUGGAGGAGGUAUCGGCGUCGGAGGUAUCGGCGUCGGAGGUGGGCUGUACGGACGAGGCAUUGGCGUGGGCGUCGGAGGCGGACUGUACGGACGUGGUGUCGGUGUUGACUCUGGACUGUACGGACGAGGCGUUGGCGUCGGAACUGGAGUGGGAGGUGUGAGCGUCAGUAAUGGGAACAAUGUCGCUGGAGUUGGUGCCAGUGUGGGGCGCACUUACAGUGUCGACGCAACUGCUGGUACGGGUGUAAGUGCUGCUGCCAGUGUAGGAGGUGCUUCCGGCGGAGUUGGUGCGAGCCCUCUGGAAACGGUGCAAAUGGCCCUGUUAGUGCUGACGGAAAGAGCUACCACAACGACGAACGGUAACACAGUCACGUCGACGUCACAAAAUGGUGGUGCCACAGUGAGCGCAAGCACAACGGUCACAGGUACAGGACCAGGGACUAACAAUGCAGGAACUGGCACAACCACGAAAGGCAACACAAUUACGUUAACGUCGCAGAAUGGUGGUACCAACGCGAUUGCAAGCACAACGACAACAGGCACGAUCCCCGUAACUACUGGAACGGGUAAAACAACCACGAGCACCGUGACCGCUGGAAAGGGAACAACGAACACGGGCGCUAGUCCCUCAACCACAGGAGUGAGUCCCGCAACCGCUGGCAAGAGUCCCGCAACCGCUGGAACGGGCGCCCCAAGUACGAGCUCUGUAACUGGUACAACGACCCAGAAGGGAUAUCGCAAGCUGCGUUCUGAGUGA